GAGGGCUGGGGAGGGCCGCGGCGGAGUGACGUCUCGGCACCAGGAAGCCCGCCUCUGGUUUUAAGAUGUUAGGCCAACAGGGAAGCGCGGAGCCGCAGAUCUGGUCCGUCGCUCGCCUGGGUGCCUGGAGCUGAGGUGGGGCGAGGCCCGGCUUCUGUUCGACCGCCCGAGGGUUGUGCGUGUGCGCGUUGCGGAGGGUGCGCUCAGAGGGCCGCGUCGUUGCUGCAGCGGCUGCCGCCGCCGCAGGGGAUCUAAUAUCAGCUACCUGUCCCUGUCACUCUUGACACUUCUCUGUCAGGGCUGCCGCGUGGGGGGGCGGGCAGAGCGCGGUCGGCGUUAGCUUUCCUUAUUGGAGGGGUUCCUGGGGGAGGGAGGGAGAGAAGAAGGGGGUCUUUGCCCACUUUUGUUUCGCUUUGGAGCUUGGAAGCCUGCUCCCUAAAGACGCUCCGAGUGGUGCCCUUCUGCCCACAUCCCAUGUCUUCGUUUGCUCGCUGACUUUCCGUCUCCGGACCUUUUCGCUUGAGCCUUCCGGAGGAGACGGGGGCAGCUUGGCUUGAGAACUCGGCGGGGGUUGCGUCCCCUGGCUCUGCACGCAGCGGGGAAACUCCGCGCCUAGAGCGCAACCCGGAGCGGGCAGCGGCGGCUACGGGGGCUCGGCGGGGCAGUAGCCAAGGACUGGUAGAGCGGCGCGCUCCCUCGUCCAUGAACUGCAUGAAAGGCCCGCUUCACUUGGAGCACCGAGCAGCGGGGACCAAGCUGUCGGCCAUCUCCUCAUCCUCCUCCUGUCACCAUCCCCAGCCGUUAGCCAUGGCUUCGGUUCUGGCUCCCGGUCAGCCCCGCUCCCUGGACUCCUCCAAGCACAGGCUGGAGGUGCACACCAUCUCCGACACCUCCAGCCCGGAGGCCGCAGAGAAAGAUAAAAGCCAGCAGGGGAAGAAUGAGGACGUGGGCGCCGAGGACCCGUCCAAGAAGAAGCGGCAAAGGCGGCAGCGGACUCACUUUACCAGCCAGCAGCUCCAGGAGCUGGAGGCCACUUUCCAGAGGAACCGCUACCCGGACAUGUCCACACGCGAAGAAAUCGCUGUGUGGACCAACCUUACGGAAGCCCGAGUCCGGGUUUGGUUCAAGAAUCGUCGGGCCAAAUGGAGAAAGCGGGAGCGCAACCAGCAGGCCGAGCUAUGCAAGAAUGGCUUCGGGCCGCAGUUCAAUGGGCUCAUGCAGCCCUACGACGACAUGUACCCAGGCUAUUCCUACAACAACUGGGCCGCCAAGGGCCUUACAUCCGCCUCCCUAUCCACCAAGAGCUUCCCCUUCUUCAACUCUAUGAACGUCAACCCCCUGUCAUCACAGAGCAUGUUCUCCCCACCCAACUCUAUCUCGUCCAUGAGCAUGUCGUCCAGCAUGGUGCCCUCAGCAGUGACGGGCGUGCCGGGCUCCAGUCUCAACAGCCUGAAUAACUUGAACAACCUGAGCAGCCCGUCGCUGAAUUCCGCGGUGCCGACGCCUGCCUGUCCUUACGCGCCGCCGACUCCUCCGUAUGUUUAUAGGGACACGUGUAACUCGAGCCUGGCCAGCCUGAGACUGAAAGCAAAGCAGCACUCCAGCUUCGGCUACGCCAGCGUGCAGAACCCGGCCUCCAACCUGAGUGCUUGCCAGUAUGCAGUGGACCGGCCCGUGUGAGCCGCACCCACAGCGCCGGGAUCCUAGGACCUUGCCGGAUGGGGCAACUCCGCCCUUGAAAGACUGGGAAUUAUGCUAGAAGGUCAUGGGCACUAAAGAAAGGGAAAGAGAAGCUAUAUAGAGAAAAGGAAACCACUGAAUCAAAGAGAGAGCUCCUUUGAUUUCAAAGGGAUGUCCUCAGUGUCUGACAUCUUUCACUACAAGUAUUUCCAACAGUUGCAAGGACACAUACACAAACAAAUGUUUGACUGGAUAUGACAUUUUAACAUUACUAUAAGCUUGUUAUUUUUUAAGUUUAGCAUUGUUAACAUUUAAAUGACUGAAAGGAUGUAUAUAUAUCGAAAUGUCAAAUUAAUUUUAUAAAAGCAGUAAUAUCACAACAGUGUUUUUAAAGGUUAGGCUUUAAAAUAAAGCAUGUUAUACAGAAGCGAUUAGGAUUUUUCGCUUGCGAGCAAGGGAGUGUAUAUACUAAAUGCCACACUGUAUGUUUCUAACAUAUUAUUAUUGUUAUAAAAAAUGUGUGAAUAUCAGUUUUAGAAUAGUUUUCUCUGGUGGAUGCAAUGAUGUUUCUGAAACUGCUAUGUACAACCUACCCUGUGUAUAACAUUUCGUACAAUAUUAUUGUUUUACUUUUCAGCAAAUAUGAAAAAAUGUGUUUUAUUUCAUGGGAGUAAAAUAUACUGCAUACAAA